AUGUGUCACAGUAAAAGUGAAUCCUUGCAUUUUUAUAAAUAUUUAUGUCUGAAGAUAGGAUCAGAUGAAAUUAUAAGAGCUAGACGACUACUGUAUUUAUGUAGUGACUUGAGAACAUUUAAAUCAGGUCCUCAAAUAACAAGUGGAAGUAAGGCAGAAGGACUACAGCUUAAAGGUAGUGAUCUUGAUUUGAUGUUCCUUAAUCCUAAAUUUGUAGUUUAUGAAACAGAAAAAGAUUAUGUCCAGAAUGAUAAGAGGAUUGUAUUAAUCAUGGAUACUGAGGACACACCUUCGUGUUUUACACAUCUACGCAUACGGCUAUGUGCCAAUUGUAAAUGUUCAUGUCUUUGUUUAACUCAAAUUCUACAACAACACAGAGGAGAAACACUUUUUUCAAGUGAGCUUUACAAAUUACACGCACUAAAUACAAUGACCUGUUUUAUGGAUCCAAGACUAAAUAAAAUUCAUGGUCCUUGCUUAUCAGACGGUAAUGAUGAAAUCGAUGUUGCACACUGUAUAAAAUGUGAUAAGUGGGUUUCCCAAUCUCAAUCUUGGAUCUAUAGACCGCGUUCAAUAUGGCCUUCACCUGAACUUAUUUCAAAAAUAACUUCAUGCGGAGUUCUGUUUGUUCCAAUUGGAUACAAAGGGUCUAUAAAUGAGAAUCUUCAGUGGCGCAUAUCAUUUUCUGUAGCAGAAAAAAUACUGAUACAUUCCUUCAGUCAUACCCAAUUUCUAUGCUAUGCUUUGCUGAAGAUUUUAUUGAAAGAAAUAGUAGAAAGAAACCAUGAUUUAAAGGGUUUAUUGUGUUCAUACUUUUUAAAGACCCUUAUGUUUUGGAUUUCUGAGGAAAUUGAAACAUCAUUCUGGAGACCAGACAAUAUCAUUCCAUGUUUUAUGGCAUGCCUUCAAAGAUUGAUAUACUCUAUAGAUUAUUCAACAUUGUUACAUUAUUUCAUUCCUGAAAAUAAUUUGCUGUAUUUAAGAUUUAACAGAAAAAACAGGAACACAUUAAUCAACAUCCUCAAAAAUUGUUAUCAAACAGGAUUUCAGAUGUUUUCAUCAUCGGAAACUUUGCAUGAUUACAUAAGAUUUCCGUGUGAAAUAAUAAGAUCCGUUUGUGAAAAUACUACAUUAGUUAAAACAAUAUUAGAAUACGAGUUUCCUCGAAAUGAGCCACCAAAUAUAAAUAUCGUAGCCAUGCAUACUUUGCUGCGUCAUUGUAAAACAGAAUUAUCUAGAUGUUUAUUAGCAUGGUCAAUAGCAAUUGCAUAUCAAAGAAUACCUCUAACACUACCACAUAUAAAUAACCCAAACAAUAAACAACAAUACAGAUUCUACCAACAUGCCCUCAGCCAGUUGUUGGUUGGAUUACAUUCAGAUGUAAUAUCAGGUUGGCUGAAAUUGGCCUCUUUCUUCUAUGUUCACAAAAAAUAUUUAACAUCAAUAGAUAUCAUAAAUCACACGUUGUCUAAAUGUUCAGAUAAAUCAUUAGUUCCGAAUAUUACAUUGGAACGGACACAGAACCUGAAGCUUAUAUCACAGGUGACGUCACUAAUGAUUCCAUUUGUCACAUUUGAAAAACGAUCAUCAGUCAUCCCAAUUGAACUGGAGUUUGAUGUCCGGAAUAUGGUAAUUUUCUCUAAAUCCAUACCAUGUGCAUAUUUCCUUCGUUUUCUGUGUUGUUACCAUCUCCAGGACUUGAGAUCAUGUUAUUCUUGUAGAUCUCAGCUAUUUACGACAAUUAUUGAGGACCAUAUUCUAUCAAAUGGAGAACACAAUGACACUACCUUACUCAUUUCAGUUGGAAUAGCUUGUCAGAUGUUAGGUGAGACUGAUAAAGCUAAAAACUAUUUUCGAUUUGCUGCAGAGAGAGAUGAGUAUAACAUAACAAGUGCUGCGUUCAGACUGCGUCAACUCUGGUGA